UCACUCCACUUUCUUCGAAGUUCCUGUUAGUCAACGUCUCCCCCCAAAAUGAAAUGGGAAAGAUUCAGAGAGAGAAAUUCAGAAAAACAGGAGGGAGAAAAGGCAGCAUAUUUGGGUUAAUGUGGAGGAACAGCUACUCAUCUGAGCUCAAGCUCAUCUUUGUUGCUCUCCUCCUUUUCUGCUCCGUUGCCACCCUCUUUCAAUUCCUACCCACCCGCUUUCUCCCCUUUUCCACCUCCAAUGUCACCCCCUGCCCCACCACCACCACCACCACCACAGCCACCACUCCACCACCUCCUCAACAACCCUCCGAUCAGAUCCUUGACCAUGGAGUCAUAAAACGCUCCUUCUACGCUGUCGGGACCGCCGCUUACAAUUUCGUCUUUAUGUCCGCCUACCGCGGCGGUCCCAACACCUUCGCCGUCAUCGGGCUCUCCUCCAAACCCCUCCACGACUACGGCCAUCCCACCUACAACUGCGAGUACCAAUAUAACAACGGUUCACAUUUUGGAGUCCCAGGGCAAAAGCUUUCUUUCCAGGACUUCGGGUUCGCCCGUGCCUAUGUCGUAGUAGUUGUCAACUGUACAUUCCCUACAGGUACCGACCCUUCUAUGGGUGGCCGUCUCCUCCUCCACGCCUCCACCAACGGCGGCUAUGAUCGAGAUAUUAACUCAACUGACACAAUCAUAGCCUUAAACGAACCCCCAAAAUCAUGGCAACCAUCACAAUUUCUCGCCCUUCCUAAAUACGACUACCUCUACUGCGGUAGCUCAUUGUUCGGUAACCUUAGCCCUCAAAGAGUCCGUGAGUGGAUCGCGUAUCAUGUCAGAUUAUUCGGAACGAAAACUCAUUUCGUGUUCAACGACGCAGGUGGCAUACACCCCGAAGUAAUGGAUGUACUUUUUCCAUGGAUUGAUCUUGGGUUUGUUACAAUACACGAUAUUAAAGAUCAAGAGGAAUUCGAUGGGUUUUAUCAUAAUCAAAUGCUUAUACUAAAUGAUUGCUUACAUAGACAUCGAUUCGAUACGAAAUGGAUGUUCUUCUUUGAUGUGGAUGAGUAUAUUUAUUUGCCAGGGGAAUCGUCUCUUGAUUCGAUCAUGGAAACGCUCAAGGAUUAUACCCUGUUCAAUUUUGAACAAGUAUCUAUGUCUAAUAGACUCUGUUUAGCUCAGGAUGCUGGCCAAAUUAACAAGAAAUGGGGUUUCGAGAAGUUGGUGUACAAGAAUGCGAAAAAAAUGAGGAGAGAUCAGAAGUACGCUAUACAACCAAAGAAUGUGUAUGCAACAGGGGUUCAUAGUUCAGAGAACUUUGUAGGCAAGUCAACACGACUGCCUAACAGUAUAAUGAAGUACUAUCACUACCAUGGCACGGUUGCUGAGCGGCGGGAGCCGUGCAGGCAACUCCUUAAAGAUAGUUCUACGACCAUAGAAAAAACUCCAUAUGUUCGAGACAAUAGCAUUAGAUUGAUGGGCCCUUUAGUCAAGAAGUUUGAGCUCAACACUAUUGGUACUAGGCUUCAAUCAACUAGGCUCUAAUACAAAUCUUUUAAACAUUAUUGUCGUUCUAUUCUAACCUUUUUUUUUUUUUUUUUUAAAACAUUACAUUGUACUCCUAUUGUUUAAUUUUAUACAUAGGUGAAAUCAUUCAGCAAGUA